AUGAGCGAUUAUUCUCAUUCCUCAUACAGCCAGACGACAACCACCAACACAGCCCCAUCAUCACAUAAACAUAAUAUUCUACCGUCAAAUCCAGCAUCUCAACAACAAAAUACUCGUCCUUCGAUGAACUCGAUCUCUUCCGAUGUGUAUGGGUCACCGAAUUCGCAAAUUCAGUAUCGGCAGUCACUGACGAAUUCUCAUCAUAAUGGUACUUUCCAGCUUAAUCCGAAUGCGCCAUCUUUUCAUCCUGCAUAUUUGUAUCACUUGCAUGAUAUUCCAUCUUAUGUAAAUGCUCCAAUGUACGAUGGAUACUGCCCAGCCAAUGCUUACGAUUAUCAAUUUUCGCAAGAGAUUCCAAUGUUCACUCCAUACAUGGAGCCACCACCAGCAAAUGGUGAUGAUGCGGAAACACUGUGUGCUGAAUUAGGUUAUGGUAAUAACUUUGGGUAUUACGGAUUGCAAGCUAACCUUUCACCUGCUCUCUGCGAACGAAUGCUAUGCAAUGAACGAGCCAAAGAAUUGCAGGAGAUACAAGUCGGCUUGGAGCAGCUAAUAUUAGAGCCGGGUGAAUUUGAAACCUGGUCGAAUGCCAUCAGGGAACGUACUGCAAAUCCGUCAUUCAAAAUUGACGCGUUGAAAAUAACGGUUGAAAUGAUUAUUCAAUUGGCAGCUUUUACAUCAUCAUCACAGACAGUGCAAUACAAUUUGGCAAAAUUAUGUUCAUUUUUGUGUCGUGAUCUGCAUACUUUCCAAGAUGAUAUGAUUGCUAGCUUAUUAAGCUUCCACGAAGAACAAAGAUCUAAUCUCAGUGAUCAACAGCGAAAGAAUCUUUUGCUUUUUUUUGCAGAGAUUUAUGAAAAAUUAGAGUCGAAAACAAGCUCACAGAUGCAGGCUUUUGAGAGCGCGCUAGUAGAGCAAAUCAAGGAAGUCUUAGUGGCUGACCGUUUGGAUGAUUCGAAAGUUAAAGUGGUAGUAGAAGUGCUUAAGCUUACUGGUCGUUAUUUGGAUACCAAUGAAGGAACCUCAAAAAUUAACGAGAUUCUCACACAGCUGAAUGCUAUUGCUAAAGCACAUCCAGCUAUCAGCGACUCUGUAAAGGAACAAAUACUAAGCUUGAAUACAUGGCGCGAGAACAAAUGGGAUGUGAGGAAUUUUCGAAGUAAUAAAGAAGAAAAACCAGCUAUUGAUCAGGGCCGUAGAGAAAAUGAUCAGGGCUUAACGCCGUCCUGCUCAUCCAGUUUCAUCAUUGGGCCCGAUGGACAGCCACUAACCGAAGAAGAACGAGCCUUCUUAGAAGAGAGCUUUCGUAAACUGGAUAAUAAUGACAUGAUCUUGGAUAAUGAUGAUGUGAGCGAUGAGUACGACGAAUUUUUAUCAGCAGUCGCUAAUGAAGAAGCCAAAAAAUGUGUGGCAGAAAUGGAAAUGGCUGAAAUGGAAAAUCAAAUGGCAAAAACUAAUCUAGAUGAUCUGGGUGAAAUCCCUCAAAAUCGGGGUGAAAAUGGCAAAGAUAUGGCAACGUAA